UCAUUUCCUUUUUCCUACCAACAACAGAAUCUACUUGGAACAACUUUUUCCCAGCCAUUUCGCUUUCCAUCGUACCAUCGAUUUAUCCACUCAAAAACUAAACCCCCACAUUUCGAAAUGUGGCAUAGAUCAGCUUCAUUCAUUCUCGACAAAAACCAAAACGACGUCGUCACAAUGGACCCUAACCCUAACCCUAAUUCUGAUAUUUCAGCUUACUAUCAAACUAGAGCGGCUCACCAUGGAGUUGUUACCAGUGACUGGCUAGCGCAGGCUCAAGCUGCUGUGGGUCACCAAUCGGAAGAUACUGUAUCCCUGAACUAUUCUGGUGAUUCCGGUAAGAAAUUUAGUGUGAUUGAUGAGUUCAAUAAUUGGCGUAAACAGCCUGAUUUGGCUGAGGCUGUCGCCGCUAUUAGGGCUUUGGCUUCGGUUAUUCGGUCGAGUGAGGCAACUACUAUGAUGGAGCUUGAAAUUGAGCUCAAGAAGGCUUCCGAUUCUCUCAAGUCAUGGGACAAAACCUCCAUCUCUUUGACAGCUGGUUGUGAUUUGUUCAUGCGCUAUGUAACAAGAACUUCAGCAUUGGAAUAUGAGGACUUUAAUUCAGCCAAGUCUCGCCUUCUUGAACGUGCAGAGAAGUUUGGGGAAAUAUCUUAUAAGGCUCGGAAGAUAAUUGCAAUGCUCAGCCAAGACUUUAUUUUUGAUGGCUGCACCAUUUUAGUACAUGGCUUCUCCAGAGUGGUGUUUGAGGUUCUGAAAACAGCAGCUCAGAAUAGGAAGAAUUUUCGAGUUCUUUGCACUGAAGGGAGGCCAGACAGGAGUGGGCUACGAUUAUCCAACGAGCUAGCCAAGCUUGAUGUUCCUGUGAAACUCUUAAUAGAUUCUGCUGUGGCAUAUAGCAUGGAUGAAGUUGACAUGGUUUUUGUUGGAGCCGACGGUGUGGUUGAAAGUGGAGGCGUUAUCAACAUGAUGGGAACCUACCAAAUUGCUUUGGUAGCUAAGAGCAUGAAUAAACCAGUCUAUGUAGCCGCUGAAAGCUAUAAGUUUGCUCGACUCUAUCCGCUGGACCAAAAAGAUAUGGUUCCGGCUUUACGUCCAAUUGAUUUUGGGGUGCCAAUUCCAUCCAAGGUGGAGGUUGAAACUUCUGCUCGUGAUUAUACACCACCUCAGUAUCUUACACUACUAUUCACGGAUUUGGGCGUUCUAACACCAUCUGUAGUAAGUGAUGAGCUUAUACAGCUAUAUUUAUAGCCCCAAUGAAGUGUAAUUCUGUGGUUGGUAUCCCAACUAUUACAUGUAGGGAGGAAAUUUUGUUUUCUUUCUCACAUUCUUGUACCACCUUUUAUUAUCCUGAAUCUUGGGGUAGUUUCCAUAUAAAUAUCUUGUAUGGCAUGCACUCCGCUAUUUGCUCA